AUCGCCCAUAGAGGCCUGUGUGAUCCAAUAACUACCAUUUGAGACAGUAAAGGCGUGAAAUAAUUUAAUGUACAUGCGGGCUCUGGGUUAAUUUCAAGCAAUCGACGUCGAAGGAUGUCGGACUCAGUCUCUCUGAAACCCUUAAGCAGGGACCCAAAUCGUUACCAAGAUGUUUUCCUAAAUGCAUUCUGCAAGAUUGCGAGAAAGGACUUGGAAUAUGAAGAGAUAUGUCGCCAUUUCGACAGAACUGUUAUUAAGCAGUUAACCAGAUUCUUCAGUACUGAGGAUCAAUGCAAUAUCCUCGGAGUUGGAGUCGGCGAAGGUCGAGAGGAAUGCCACUUUGUGAAGAAUCUUGGCGCUUAUUUUACAUUAGUCUGCAACGUCGCAAUUGAUCCCAGUGAAGACAUGCUCAAAACCUUUCAGAAGAGUAUAUCUGCCUUAAACGCUGGGGAUGCGUCAUCAUCAUCGUCGCCGGUUGUAUUCCAUGGGUUCAGUGGUUCCCUGGCCCAGUUCGUAUCCGACAGCCCAUUAGCAGAAUACAAGUAUAAUCUCAUCAGCUCCAUACAUUCAAUAUACUACAUCGGUGACCUUGAAACGACUUUCACCCAGCUUACGUCCAUGUUGAAAGACAAGGGUAUAAUGCUCAUUGUAUGUAAUAAAGAUAACUGCAUACUUCCAAGAACUUUUUCGGAAAAGACGUAUCUGCCCACCGUCGUCGAAGAGCGACGAAGUUCCAAUGUUGUGAGGGCGUUUGCCGAGAAGCAAGGUUAUGACGUCAUCACGUGUCGAGUCCCUAUGAAAUGGGAUAUCACCGAUGUCUUUGAUGAACAGUGUGAUUUUGGAAACAAGCUUUUCGACUUCUUCACCCAGACGGCAUAUUUUCGGCAGACGGCGCCGGCGAAGCUUGUGGAUGACCUGUUGUCGUUUUGGCGCUCAAUGUCAGUGUUAGAUAAGAAUGGUCGAAUUCUAGUGCCUGCGGACGAGGAGAUCCUUAUUAUCUCUAAAUAAUUUUGCAGUUUCACUCUUAUAUGACUUUGAAACUCCAAAAAUGUUCAUGAACUUACAUUCUUUGAAAGAUAGUAGGGUUGUGUCUGUGCUAAAAUCAUGGGAGAACUAAAAAUCUAAAAUUAUUCUUAACAUUGUUUUUUUCUUAUUACUGCUCUUUUCCUAUUUCUUAUUUUGAAGAAGAAAAACUCCUUUCAGUUAUUAUUUCAAGAGAGUUUUGAAUGAUAUGUCCAUGUUCACGUGAUUCACAACAAUAAUUAUGUUACCAAAUAGCGAGAGGCUAUAAUCUAAGAAAACAUUUUAGUUUCUCUUUACAAAUGAAAUUAUAGGGUGAUUUAUUAUCUCUAUUUAUCUCAAUAGGUAUAUUCAGUAAGGCUGAUUUUACCAAAUCUUGAGAUUCUGAACUCGAAAACUCUUCAUUUCGUAGUGAUAGUGCAUGAUGGCGAGGUUGAAAAGAGACCAAAAUUGACCAUUUUGAAAACCGUCUUUGUAAUAAAAAAUAAAAUUCAGUCUCCUUUAUAGUUUGCAGGGUUUUUAUUCUAUUCUUCCUACUUUUUUAUUUCAUACCCAAUAUUGGUUCCUGUUCUGUUUGUCAUUAUCUUUAAUAACAAUUUAUCAUUCAGGUUUCAAACUUUCCAAUUCCAUUUAUAGGAUACGAGGCUAAUUUGAAAGAUGUUCAAUUGCUUCCAGGCUCCUGGGAUCAAGCAGUUUAUGAAAGGAUUUGCCGGGUGUUUUAUCCGACAGUUACCAUAGUAACAGUGCUUCUCAGCCAAUCGAAAUCAAAGAAAGAUGUAAGAUAUGACAACUUAUAAUAAAAAUGUUGAUCAAACACUCCCCAGAUUUCAGCUUGGUUUAUUAAAUUUUCAUCACUACUAUUUCGAAAAUCCGAAUUUCAUAUUUUCAAAGUUUAUCUGACCCACAUUAAAUUUCACUUUGAAACAAGAUUAUUCUAUUCUUUACGGAUAUAUAUAGAAUCGCCUAGUACGUUUUCUUAAAGUAACUUAGUAUUUGUUCAUUUAUCAGAAUAUUCUAAGGCUAUUAUUAUCUAUCAUACCCGAAGCAAAGUAAUCAAUAGUAAAUAAAGUAAUGUAAGC